CCAUGCUUCCAGCUGGACACAAAGAGGAUAGAUGCAAAGAGGCUGCAGGCUGGGCAGGGCAGGGCUGGUCCUGGAGUCCUUGGCCUAUGACCGUGGAGCCAGGGUGGCCUCUGCUGUCCUCCCUGGUCUUGGGGGGACAGCAGAGGUUAGCAGCUUGGGUGGCAGCAAGAGAGUCUGGGUUAGAUAGUGAGACUACCUUUUUGAUGGUCAGGGUUUCACGUCAAGGGAAAAGGUUGCUGGUGGCAGAUUCUGGUCUUGAAGUCUGGAGGCCCGGAUGGAAGGGAGUGGCAGAAAGGGUGACCUUUAGGGAGGCCUGAGUCCCAGGCGCUGCCUGAGGGCUUGCUCUGCUCUGAGGGCCUCCGGAGGCAGCUGCUUGGUGGAGGCCUGACGGAGGACGAGGACGUGCGCGCCAUGCUGCGGGGCUCCCGUCUCUGCAAGAUCCGCUCACGGACGUGGCACAAGGAGCGGCUGUACCGGCUGCAGGAGGACGGCCUGAGCGUGUGGUUCCAGAGGCGCAUCCCGCGCGCGCCGUCGCAGCACAUCUUCUUCGUGCAGCACAUCGAGGCGGUCCGCGAGGGCCACCAGUCCGAGGGCCUGCGACGCUUCGGGGGCGCCUUCCCGCCGGCGCGCUGCCUCACCAUCGCCUUCAAGGGCCGCCGCAAGAACCUGGACCUGGCGGCGGCCACCCCGGAGGAGGCGCAGCGCUGGGUGCGCGGUCUGGCCAAGCUGCGCGCGCGCCUCGACGCCAUGAGCCAGCGCGAGCGCCUCGAUCACUGGAUCCACUCCUAUCUACACCGGGCCGACUCGAACCAGGACAGUAAGAUGAGCUUCAAGGAGAUCAAGAGCCUGCUCAGAAUGGUCAACGUGGACAUGAACGACAUGUAUGCCUACCGCCUCUUCAAGGAGUGCGACCACUCCAACAAUGAGCGGCUGGAGGGGGCUGAGAUUGAGGAGUUUCUGAGGCGGCUGCUGAAACGCCCCGAGUUGGAGGAGAUCUUCCAUCGGUACUCCGGCGAGGACCGCGUGCUGAGCGCCCCUGAGCUGUUGGAGUUCCUGGAGGACCAGGGCGAGGAUGGCGCCACGCUGGCCCGUGCCCAGCAGCUCAUCCACACCUAUGAGCUCAAUGAGACAGCCAAGCAGCAUGAGCUGAUGACACUGGAUGGCUUCAUGAUGUACCUGUUGUCACCCGAAGGGGCUGCUCUGGACCCAGCCCACACAUGUGUGUUCCAGGACAUGGACCAGCCCCUCUCCCACUACUUCAUCUCCUCCUCGCACAAUACCUAUCUGACUGACUCUCAGAUCGGGGGGCCCAGCAGCACCGAGGCCUAUGUUAGGGCCUUUGCGCAGGGGUGCCGCUGCGUGGAGCUAGACUGCUGGGAGGGGCCAGGAGGGGAGCCCGUCAUCUACCACGGCCACACCCUCACCUCUAAGAUCCUCUUCCGAGAUGUGGUCCAGGCUGUGCGUGACCACGCCUUCACUCUGUCCCCAUACCCUGUCAUCCUGUCCCUUGAGAACCACUGCGGGCUGGAGCAGCAGGCCGUCAUGGCCCGCCAUCUUCGCGCCAUCCUGGGAGACGUGCUGGUGACACAAGCGCUGGACUCCCAGAACCCCGAAGAGUUGCCAUCCCCAGAGCAGCUGAAGGGCCGGGUCCUGGUGAAGGGGAAGAAGCUGCCAGCUGCUCGGAGCGAGGACGGUCGAAUUCUGUCCGACCAGGAGGAGGAAGACGAAGAGGAAGAAGAGGCAGAGGCCACAGAACAGAGGCGGCGGCUCAUCUCCCAGGCCAAGCAGAUCUCCCCUGAGCUGUCGGCCCUGGCCGUGUACUGCUGUGCCACCCGCCUGCGGACCCUGCGCCCCAACCCGGUCCCACCCCAGCCCUGCCAGGUCAGCUCCCUCAGCGAGCGCAAGGCCAAGAAGCUCAUCCGAGAGGCAGGGAACAGCUUCGUCAGGCACAAUACCCGACAACUGACCCGUGUCUACCCACUGGGGCUGCGGAUGAACUCCGCCAACUACAGCCCCCAGGAGAUGUGGAACUCAGGCUGUCAGCUUGUGGCCUUGAACUUCCAGACACCAGGCUACGAGAUGGACCUCAAUGCUGGCCGCUUCCUCAUCAACGGGCAGUGUGGCUACAUCCUGAAACCUGCCUGCCUGCGACAGCCCGACACAGCUUUUGACCCUGAGUGUCCUGGACCCCCCAGAACUACUCUCACCAUCCAGGUUCUGACUGCGCAGCAGCUGCCCAAGCUGAACACCGAGAAGCCAAACUCCAUCGUGGACCCCCUGGUGCGUGUCGAGAUCCACGGGGUGCCCGCAGACUGUGCUCGAAAGGAGACCAACUACGUGCUCAACAAUGGCUUCAACCCCCGCUGGGGGCAGACCCUGCAGUUCCAGCUGCGGGCUCCAGAGCUGGUCCUGGUCCGGUUCGUGGUAGAAGAUUAUGACACCACCUCCCCCAAUGACUUUGUGGGCCAGUUUACACUGCCUCUCAACAGCCUGAAGCAAGGGUACCGCCACAUCCACCUGCUUUCCAAGGACGGGGCCUCACUGUCACCAGCCACACUCUUCGUCCACAUCCGCAUCCAGCGCUUCUGAGAGCCGGACUGACCCACCCUGGGGUUCCUCGGGUGCCAGUCUACACCCCGUGGCGGAGGCUCUCUCCUCCUCCGCAGUAGAGGGGUGGUGGGAGGACCAGCCCCUCCAGCCUGCUAACCCUGCCCACUGGCUAGACUCCAGUCUCAACUGGGUGCUGGGGGGGUGGCCUUGGCCCCUCCUGAGAACAGGCAUCAGCGCUUUCUCCUACAACCCUGGAGCCUUGAGAUGGCCCCCACUCCUUGGAUUCUCGGCCCACUCCCUCGUCAUGGCUCGUGAAGAGCGAGGCCUGUCGUUGCCAGAUUUGAGGAAGACACAUGAGCCUUGAACUCCUCUCUGCCCCCCCGGGGGGAGGCCAUCCCAGCCUCCUUCCCCCAGAGUGUCCGGCCCCCUCCUUGUCCCCUAGUCCACGCCAGGCCUUAGUGCCCCCGAAGGCCCUCCCCUCGCUAGGUUUCCCUGGGCUCCUCCCUCAAGCUCUUGAACCUGAGCUCCCUUCCCGUCUUAAGAAGGGAAAGCCGAGGAAACCUGGGAGUAGGUUUCAACUUGUGCCACAGAAGAGCCCUGGAGCAGACAGAACAAGACCAUUGGUUUAAAAAAAUAAAGAAGCAUGGGCGCCUGGGUGGCUCA